GGCAGCGCUGCGGGGCACCGUUUCGCAUGUUGGGCUGAGACACCGGCAAGCAAGGAAUAUGAACAGGAAAACAAGGCGCUGGAUCUUCCACAUCUUCCUGAGCCUGGGCAUCGUCUACAUCAAAAUCGGGGGUUUUUCCUCUGUGGUAGCCCUGGGAGCCAGCAUCAUCUGUAACAAGAUCCCGGGGCUUGCUCCCCGGCAGCGAGCCAUCUGUCAGAGCAGGCCCGACGCUAUUAUCGUCAUUGGCGAAGGGUCCCAGAUGGGCAUCAACGAGUGCCAGUUCCAGUUUCGAAACGGGCGCUGGAACUGCUCUGCCCUAGGAGAGAGGACCGUCUUCGGGAAGGAGCUCAAAGUAGGUAGCCGAGAAGCAGCAUUCACGUACGCCAUCAUUGCUGCUGGAGUAGCACAUGCAAUCACCGCUGCCUGUACACAGGGUAACCUGAGUGACUGUGGUUGUGAUAAAGAAAAACAAGGACAGUACCAUAAAGAGGAAGGCUGGAAAUGGGGAGGCUGCUCUGCUGACAUCAGAUAUGGAAUAGGAUUUGCCAAAGUCUUUGUGGAUGCCCGGGAGAUUAAGCAAAACGCAAGAACACUCAUGAACCUGCACAACAACGAGGCUGGGCGGAAGAUUCUAGAAGAAAACAUGAAGUUAGAGUGCAAGUGCCAUGGGGUCUCGGGAUCCUGUACCACUAAAACAUGUUGGACAACCCUGCCUAAAUUCCGGGAGCUGGGCUACAUCCUUAAGGACAAAUACAAUGAAGCUGUUCAAGUUGAACCAGUGAGAGCGAGUCGUAACAAGCGUCCCACCUUCCUCAAAAUAAAGAAACCCCUUUCCUAUCGCAAACCCAUGGACACAGACUUAGUGUACAUAGAAAAAUCUCCCAAUUAUUGUGAAGAAGACCCUGUCACUGGCAGCGUGGGGACACAGGGGAGGAUGUGCAACAAGACAGCCCAGCAGUCCAAUGGCUGCGAUCUGAUGUGCUGCGGUCGUGGUUACAACACGCAUCAGUACUCAAGAGUGUGGCAGUGCAACUGCAAGUUUCAUUGGUGUUGCUAUGUUAAAUGCAACACGUGCAGUGAGAGAACAGAAGUUUAUACCUGUAAAUGAGCACGGGGCUGGGCAGGCCACCAUCGCCCUGGCCAGGCAUACGUUUGCACAUGCACUCUACACACCUACACCAGGCUGUAGGAAAGACCUGCUCUCCCCAGAAGAAACGGUGAUGAAUGGAGCCCUCUCUUUUCUUCUCGUGUUUCAUUGCUUACGUGGAUACACAUUUCAAACUCUUAUGAAAGUCAGCCGAGAAAGAAAAAUAAACCAACCCCGCCCUGAGCCACGUGACACACAAAACAGAGAGAAAAGGGUUGUUUCGGCUAAUCUGUGCCUCUAAAGCAAGAAGCGUUGACUGCCUUCGGAAGAGACACCAGUUACAGUUAAGUGUCUGAAUGUGACGACUCUUAGGUUCAAUAAACAAUGGUCAAAAACUUCAGUGUACACAGAGCAGGGAGGGGUAGGGGAGAAAUCCUCAAGAAAGGGCUUUGCACAAGAUGGACAGUGACCCAUCGUGGAUUGCCCAUGGGAGUGUGUGGAUGAUAUAAACUUAGGCUUCUACACUUGCGAAAAGCUUCUGCUGGUCUUGCUCACCUUUCCACUUCUAUGGCGAGUAGAACUGUUGGUGUUUUCUGUAGACACUGCUUUAUCUGCCUGUUGUGUGUGUGUGUGUGCUGCAGAUUUCGGCACACGGAUUUGGGACACUUGGGCAUAAUAAUAGCAAUAUUUAACAAUUUAUUCAGAUAAAACUAAUAUUAAUUUAUUUAAUUAAAAAGAACUCUACCAACAUUUUUGGAACUAUUCUGCAAUCCAAGUAGAUAGCUGGCUUUCGUUGUGGAAUAAUUUUGUAGGAACAGCAAGGACAAACUGGAGCUGUGUAUAUUAUUCUUACCUAGGAUGUUUCUAUUAGUUGGACUCGCAGGAUCUGUUCUACAGUACUGGAUGGUAAAGACAAAAGUUAGCAUCUUUAUAUAUAUGUACAUACACAAACACACACUGCUGGGUUUGGUUUUGGUGUUUUGUUUGUUUGUUUUUCUCCUGUUUGCUGCUAGUUGUCUGGAACAAAAGUCAAGCGGUAGGGGUUACAAAUCUUUACCAGUUUUGUUGUUGUUCUUCAAUUAAAGAAAGAAACAUUAAUAAAAUUCUGUUUGGAAUAUGCCUAAAAAUAAGAAAAUCCAGACAAACUUCCAUCUUUUGGAAAAAAUCAACCAUAGGAUAAGAGAGUAUAUUUUGUAAGAGACUAUUUUUAUAUAAAUAUUUUAUUUAUACUACGUCUGCUUGUUCAACCUGUCCUUUUUCGCAAAAUAGGCAUACAAUUUGUAAUUCUUGGGCUAUUUAACAGAGAAAGGGUAAUUAGUUUGUGGACACAACAACAGCGAGCUGGGUACCUUCAGCUGCAGUCGGUGGCUGGGUCAGAAAGGAGGAUGAGCUUUCUCUCCGGAUGUGUGUGCAAACCACGACUCAAUCUGCAGAACACGCAAAACAAGAACAGGGGAUGUAGCAUCAGGUUUUGUCACAUGGCUUGAAUUCAUGAUUGGUGUUAACUGGACGUUCAUUUAUCCCAUUCAGAGACAAAAAAAAUCCAAAUUAGCUUCCCACAUGCGUCAGUCAUUAAACUGUGCUGUUAUGACUAGCAAAUGUGCUGUGUGUGCUGGUGGUUAAACCCUUCUAUUGUGGUACUGUCAAAUUGGAUUUUAAUCAGUGGAAGACUGUAGACUAUGGCUGUAAAAACUGGCGUGACACACAUCAUCUGAUUCUCAGAGUGAGGAUACAAAGCUUACUUUUUUGUCCAGCUCUUUUGGGCACUUACAUUCUUCUUUCCCCCUCAAAAAGCCAGAGAACUCAAAAAUCCAGAAAAACCUCCAGGCAAAUUUAACGACUGCUCACUUGCUCUUCAGAGCUCACCUAAAAUGUUUCACUUUCCCUUUAUGGGAUUUCCUUUUUAGCAGCACUAAUUCCUUCAGGUAAUUGAGUGGUAAAUAGUUCUCUGGAUUUAGAAACAUUCUGUUCCUCCUGCUUGACUCAUUUGUGACCGAUAGAAAAAAAAAUAUCUAAUUUUUAUGUGAUUUUUAAUUGGGUAAGAAGCAUGAUCCAGCACUAUUGAUGAUACCGAGUGUUCUGGGAUAGACCAGGUUCUUCCUUACUUGCAGGCUACAGGAUCUGAUGCCUUUAAUAAGGCCAAGAGAGGCAGCAGUGAAGGAACCAAACCACCAUUGCACCGAGUCCUGAGGAUAACAGCGCGUUACAAGGAGUAGAGGGUACAGAUCUAUCUCAUGGCCAUUGAUCUAAGGCAAAGCUCCCACCUAAGAUGGCAAAACCAGAAAGAGUAAACAAAUAUCACCAAAGACACUGCCAAGUCUCACUGUGACAACCUUUUAGAGCUUGUCAGAAUGUACAGCAUGGUGGUUUCUUACCCCACUUCUUGUCUAUACGGUAUCUAUGUAAGAACACAAGCCCGUGCAGUGCCUGAUCCUAGCAAUGUGGAAUUAUAGGAUCAUAGAAUCAUUCAGGUUGAAAAAGACCUCUAAGCUCAUCCAGUCCAACCAUCAACACAACACCACCAUGCCCACCAAACCAUGUCCCGAAGCACCACAUCCGUGUGGUUUUUUAAGCCCUCCAGGGAUGGUUAAAUAUAUAACUUCUUUAUAGCCCUGCCACUUAACCCAAAAGAGAACUUUGAUGCAACUCAGACACCAGCACGGGAUAUCAAAAAGAAGCGAUUGACGUAAUUUACUUUUCAAAUGUAUGACUUGUCAAUAUAAAAUGAUAUAGAAGUAGUUUGGGGGGAUAAUUGAGUCACUCCUUUUAUUUCUAAAUUCCACACAUCAAGGGUUGAUAGGACAUAAAAUGCAAGUACACACAGUCUGGAUGUUAAUUCCAACACUGCAUCAUGGUUAAAUAAUUCAAAUGUAACAUUUCAUCUUAGAAUCUCUCUCUCCUCCUCCCAGUUUGUAUUGGUUUUUUACUUAGCGGAUACCACACCAUAGUCAAUGGAUACUGUAUUCUAGUCAAAAGUGUGUUUUCAUCAGUGAUUAGAGUUAUUUUACAAAUUAUUACUUUUGCAGCAUGAUUUUACCAUAGAAAAGUAAUCUGUAAACCUCCUGCUUCCUGUGUAUUUCAAUAUGCAGCGGUGUGCAAUGUACAGCCAGCACACUCGUUACUGAAGGACAAGUGUCUUUUAACAGUUUUACUCACAGUAAUAAAGAACUGGAUGCACAAUGAGAUGAAUUUGGUACACAUUUUCCCUACAUUGUACAAGAUUGCUGAUGAUGGGUGUGUUAUGUAAAGCAAAUGUCAAUUCAAUAACCGGAAUAACAGUUUAGGAAUUAUGAACUAAAGAGCAAGGAAACGCAAAUGUUGCAUUCAACUAGAAAGUAGUUGGAAAGUUGGCCGUGUCAUCUUAGACAGGAGAACUCUGGCCCUUCAGGAUCUGCCAUGAGUCUGCAGUGAUUUGGUCACUCAUAAAUGGGCUUGAACGGUCCAAAGAAUAUACAGGAGAAGGAAAAGAUUUAUGAGAUUGUAGAUAUUCCUCCCCCCCGACAACAGUUUGUUCUUUGUCCUCGGGGAGAGAAGAGCUCUGUUUUGACUUAAUGAAGAACCACACAAUGGGAGGGAAAAGCACACAGCAGCAGAACAGAACAGCUCUCAAAGGAAAAUACACCUUCUCGUCUCUCCUAACCCAGAGAAGCACUGGAUUGCUGUCCACAUUAAUGACCAAGCUGAGGCUUUCAAAGGAAACACGCUGAAGAAGCAGGAAGAGUACAAUGAGAAGGAAGAGUAAGAGAAGUUGGGAAGCUCACCUCCUCCUCAUUUCAUAGUAGAAACCUGAUUCCUAGAAAUGUAGCAUUUCUGCCUUAGGAUUUCUAAGCAGGUUUUCAGGAUUUUACCUCCCGGCCUUCGAAAAGGACAACUAAUCUGAAUACAAUUAGCUUGAAUACUCCAACUUCCUACACAAAAUGUGAAUCAGUCAAUUAAUAGGUUUUCUUUGCCAUGUAUGCACAAACCUAACUGAGAUAUGUCUUUCAACAGUGAUAAUUAAACUGAAAACAUCCUUAAAA